CAGAAGGAAACUCCCCCAGCGAGUAACAAACUCAUCCAAUUUCUACAGUGAGAUUCAAGUGAGUGAAGGAACCAGGCAGCUAGAGCAUGUCCAGCGCCUCGCCCAGUCUCUGGGAGAAGCGGAGGUCCUCUGGCACAGCGGGCCCCCACGGACCCAGACCCCUGGAGCUGGAGCUGUCAGGGCCGCCCGGACCGGGGGGGGCACCAGGGGGGGGGGCUGUUAACAACAACUGCAGCCGGCUGCUGAACAACGACACCAUGCCCCUGGAGCACCAUGAAGACAUCGAGGAGAGCCCGGUCCUUUCUCCGGUCCCCCUCCCCUACCUGGCCCACCCGCGGAUGUCGGUGCGCAUGUCGGUGUGGAGCGUGGGGGUCCGACCGGUCGUCAUCACCCGGGCCUACGCUCAGGGGCGCGUCUACAACUUCCUGGAGCGGCCGUCGGGCUGGAAGUGCUUCGUCUACCACUUCACAGUGUUCCUCAUCGUGUUGGCGUGUCUGAUCCUCAGUGUGCUGUCCACCAUAGACCAGUACCAGACCCUGGCCCACGAGACUCUCUACUGGGUGGAGAUCGUCCUGGUGGUUUUCUUCGGAGUGGAAUACUUUGUUCGUCUCUGGUCAGCAGGCUGUCGGAGUAAAUAUGUCGGCUUCUGGGGAAGAUUACGCUUUGCAAGGAAACCGAUAUCAAUUAUAGACCUGAUCGUGGUGGCUGCCUCCAUGGUGGUCCUGUCGGUGGGCUCCAAGGGCCAGGUGUUCGCCACCUCCGCCGUCAGGGGGAUCCGCUUCCUGCAGAUCCUGCGCAUGCUGCACGUGGACCGGCAGGGCGGCACCUGGCGGCUGCUGGGCUCCGUGGUCUUCAUCCACCGCCAGGAGCUGAUCACCACGCUGUACAUCGGCUUCCUGGGGCUGAUCUUCUCCUCGUACUUCGUGUAUCUGGCGGAGAAGGACGCGGUGGACGCCAACGGGGUCACCGAGUUCGGCAGCUACGCCGACGCCCUGUGGUGGGGCGUGGUGACCGUCACAACCAUCGGCUACGGAGACAAGGUGCCCCAGACGUGGAUCGGGAAGACCAUCGCAUCGUGUUUCUCCGUCUUCGCCAUCUCCUUCUUCGCCCUGCCGGCGGGCAUCCUGGGCUCCGGCUUUGCGCUGAAGGUUCAGCAGAAGCAGAGACAGAAGCACUUCAACCGACAGAUCCCCGCUGCCGCCUGCCUCAUUCAGACGUCCUGGAGGUGUUUCGCUGUGGAGAACCCGGAGUCGGCGACCUUCAAGAUGUUCCUGAGGAAGAGGCCGGCGCUCCCCCACAGCUCGGUGACCGGCCCCAAGCACAAGAAGUCUGUGAAGGUGAGGAGGAAGGUGAAGACCACUGAGAAGGAGAGCAGCCCGCUGUCCAGCCCGGUGUCGCCCACCGUCCCCAGAAUCACCUACGACGUCUUCGACAGCGGCAAGGAGCUGAGCUCCGACGUGUACAGCACCGUGGGCACAGAUGGUCAGCAGUCCUGGCCGUCACUAUCAUCGCUCCAGUUCAGCUCCCCACCACCAGUGAAGAAGGGGGCUCUGCUGGAGGUCCACUUCCCUCCCCCCGGUCCCCCGAGCCGCGGCUACGCUGAAGACCUGGAGCUGGACCCGCCGCGGGUGGAGCUGGAGCCUGUGGCCUACGUCUCCCAGAUGACGGGGGCCCACCGGAGUGCCGUCCGCGUGGUGCAGAGGCUGCGCUACUUCGUGGCCAAGAAGAAAUUCCAGCAAGCGCGGAAACCGUACGACGUGAGGGACGUGAUCGAGCAGUACUCCCAGGGGCAUCUCCACCUCAUGGUGCGAAUCAAGGAGCUGCAGCGACGCAUGGACCAGUCCCUGGGGAAGCUGACUUUGUUCCAGACCUCGUCAGACAGACUGAAGGACAGAGGAACAAACACUAUCGGAGCCCGUCUCCACAGGAUGGAGGAGAAGAUCAGCCACGUGGACCACACCCUGCGGCGGGUGGCCGACUCCCUGGCGCUGCUGCUGGACCCGGGGAGGCCACCGGGGGGGCGCGGGGCGGAGCCCGCGGGGGGGCGGCGGGACGGCAGGCGGCCGUCGCAGGGAGGGAGGACCUGGAACGUCCUCCCAGUCCAGGGAGACGGGGGGCCGCCCGGCCGGGGGGCCGACGAGCUGCCCGGCUACGAGCAGCUGGCCCCCCCCUCCUCCGUCCCCUACACCGCCUCCUACACCGCCUCCUCCACCGCCGCCCAGACUAACGCCGUUCCAACCCUGAUCCCCUUUUAA